AUGCAUCCACGAAUAUUGAGCGUCCUCGAUUAUGACAUCGAUAACCAUUUAAAUCGCAUCGUUCCUCAUUCUCGUGUUUCAAGGCUGCCAAAACCUGUGUCCAGGUUUUUGGGAUACCGAGAGAAUGAGUACAAAGAACCUACGCGACUGGUAGUCGUUUUCUGGUCAUUCCUAGGUUCUCUACUGGGUCUUUUGAUUAUAGGAGCCAUGUACAAGUAUGCUCCGGGGUUGACACGCUGGAAUCCUCCAAUCAUGAUUGCGAGUCUGGGAGCCAGCGCUAUCCUGGAUUACAACUCUAUCCGGACACCUCUUGCACAGCCGAGGAACGCAAUCCUAGGACAGACGUUCUCAGCGCUCACAGGAGUAAUCAUUCACAAGCUCUUCCACCUCAACUCUAACUGGGAAGAUGUCCAGUGGGUCGCAGGCGCUGUCGCAUGUGCCAUAUCUUCUGCGAUCAUGGCAACGACCAACACUGUUCACCCUCCAGGAGGUGCAACUGCUGUUCUGGCCACCACCAAUGCUGAGAUCAUUGCCAUGGGAUGGAUCUACAUCCCUUUCGUGCUCAUGAGCUCGUGCGUCAUGUUGGCUCUUGCAUGUAUCCUCAACAACAUUCAACGAGCAUACCCAGUAUACUGGUGGACACCCGCCGAUCUCAAAAAAGAGAAGGACAUCGAAGACCUGGAACAGGUGUCGUCGAACGGUAGCGAAAAGGUUCUCCGCGGCCAGUCCAUGGCGAGAACAUCGCAGGCUGAUCCAGAUACUGUUGUCAUAUCGCCACACCACCUGUACAUCCCUGACACCUUCGACCUCGACGGAGAUGAGCUGGCUGUACUAUCACGAUUGCAGGCUCGCCUUCGAUGGGACUCAGCCAUGGACGAAAGACCUCGUGCCGAUUCAUCUGAAGGCUGA